AUGAAGAAAGUAAUCGUUUCGAUUAUAGAGACGAUUCCUCCUUCUAAAUAUAAGUUCAAAGUGGCAGCUACCACAAAAGGUAACACUUUUCGUGAAUAUGUUGCCAGAGAAAUCGUUUCUUUGAUAGAUGUUGAUUUCUUUUUCAUUAUCAUAGAAAAAGGAAAGGAUCCGCUCUUUCUGGACGAAUCAUUACCAUUUUCACAGAUAUCGGAAUCAAAAAAGAUUCGUUUGCGCCUGAUUGUAAAAAAUCAACAUUUGAAAGUUCGAAUUUCACCUACAGUAGUCAAAUUAUACAAUUUUGAUUUAACGCAAAAUAUCAUUACUAACCUAAGGAACAUGAGACUCGAUAAGCCAGAGCUCUAUGUUUUAUCUUUCAAGAAAAAAAAAGAAAUUUUGACUCGUGUUUGCUCAAAUUCAAUGCAUUUGAUAUUACACAAAUGGAAAGGUGAGCAAUUAACUCUUCACCGUCAAGUUUUACCAAACGAAUACAAAGUUUCUUCAGAAGAAGAAUCAAAUUCAUUAUUAUCGAAUUUUCAACUCCAAAUACAAGAUGGCGUAAUGUAUUUUUCACGCUUUAAUUGGGGUGUAACAGCAGGCUUCAACUAUUUACUUGAUAAUCAAAGCGAAGACGUGAAAAAAGCAUCAUUAACAAAAUAUCUUCCGCAAAUUGUCAAUGUCAGCGAUACAGUAUAUAAUUCAGCCAAAGAAAUCAUCAAUAGAUACAAAUCGGCUACUAAAUUUGAUAUAAUUCAGGAUUAUAUCACCAAUAUAAGAAAAUGGGGGACAGGAUGCUGCCAUUCUGAACAUAUCAAGUUCCAACUUAAAGACGAUAAGCGUCACAUGCAAUCAAACCGUGUUAUCCACGUUUCUCUUCAGAAAAUUAUCAUUACAAAAAAUUUAUACGACAAUAUCCUCAUCUACGAGCUGAUUUCGGACAUUGUAUCAGUUGAUAUUGCUGAUGACCACAUAAUGAUCAAGUUUAAAAACGGAGUUUCGUGGAAAAUUAAAUCGAACUCCCAACUCGUUCUGUUUAACUUCAUUCUUGAUACAAUCGAGCUAAACAAGCAUCUUGAUCCACAAUCUACCAAAAUAAUCUCGAGAAGUGUUGACGAUUUGCCUGGAUUAGUAUUAGACUCCGGAAGUCGAACAGACAGCUACGCAGUGUUUAAUCUUAGAGAUGUAAAUUACGAUUCAGAUGAAAUUGAUAGCGAAAGUCAAGAAUCAUCUGAUAGUGAUGAAGAUGACGAAGAUAUUCUUAUUCAGACCCAAAUUUACAGACCACCAAUCAUCAAAGAUAACAUCAUACAGGGAAUUUCCGCAAUAAUUCCUCCAAAUCUGUCGGAAGAUCCAGAUUCUCAGUAUUCCAUUGAAAACCAACAGUACAGGAACCUCAAGGUCGUUAAGAAACUUGUUAUUCCUGAUACAGAAUCAAUGCAUUUCUCUGAUUCGGUUCCAGAUUUAUCAUCUUUAGUUCCAAAGGCUUCGCGCGAUGAAAUUAUACCAUAUAAUUAUAUUAAGACUAUUUUAUUCUUAAUCGGACUUGUUUUACUUCUUGUUUUAAUCAAAAAUACCUAA